UUAUUGAAUUUACAUUUUUUUAUAUUUAGUGAUGGCUAUUUGGAUGACCUGGAUAAGGAUGCUGAAUUGAAGGCCUACUGUGGCUUUGAUCCCACUGCAGAUAGUCUUCAAUUGGGAAACUUAGUUGCUUUCAUGGGAUUACUCCGUCUACAAGCAGCUGGUAAUAAUGUUAUUGCCCUGAUUGGAGAAGCAACAUCGCUUAUUGGUGACCCUACUGGUCAAAAAGAACAGAGAGUUUCACUUGGUAAUGAAAUAUACUCAAGCAACUCUGAGCACUUUCGGGAACAGUUUCUCAAAUUGCAAUCUAACUUUGAGGAACAAUUCCUACCUAAUUUCAAACUUUCUCGCAAUCCUGGUGAAUUCAAAAUUAUGAACAAUAUGGAAUGGCAUAAGAAACAAACUUUGUUGGAUUUUCUUCGUUUUACAGCAAACUGCGUACGAUAUCAAGAACUUGCUCACAAAGAAAGCGUAAAAACUCGUGAAGCUUCUGGCAGUGGAAUGAGUAUGCAUGAAUUUUUGUAUCCAAUGCUACAAGCUUAUGAUUUCGCUUAUCUGUAUCAAUGCCACUCUUGUAAUGUUCAACUCGGUGGUAAUGACCAAAUUGGGAAUAUUGAUACUGGAAUCGCUCUCAUUAGGCGCAAACUUGCGGAAAGUGCUUUCGGUCUGACUGUCCCAUUGCUCUUGGCUCCAGACGGUACCAAAGUUGGGAAGACUACUUCCAACAAUCCGGACGAUGUGAUAUGGCUGAAUCCUGCUAAACUCCGUCCCUUCCACUUCUAUCAGAAGUUACUCAAUCUUCCCGACAAAUUUAUGUCACCUACAUUCAUUAAAUGUCUAACUUUCUUCUCAACAGAAGAGAUUGACGCCAUACUGACUGAACAGAAGAACAAUCCAUCACGUCGUCCUGCUCAGCGUGCUAUAGCUCAAGAAGUCACUCUCCUUGUUCAUGGAGCCGGUUGCCUUCAAGCCAGUGAACUGGCAUCUCGCGUUCUUUACGCUUCAAGUUCCGUCAACACCACUCACCAGCAUCCCAUGCUUGCCCUCUCCGAGGGCCUAACUCCCACUGAACGCAAUUUCCUUGUAACCUGUUUGGCUCAUUACUCAGCACCUACAGAUGGUCCCCUACCAGUCAUUCACGACAAGGUGCCCUUUGAUGCAUCACCAAUCGAUCGUCUCCAUGAGGUGCUCAAGUCAGCCCUCUCCAGUGGUAUUGAUCGUGGAAUUGGUCUCUCAGUGGAGGAGAGGGGUCUAACGCUGAAUGGACACUGCCUGCUGAAGCCGUCUCCCUAUGCGGUACCUAUGAAAGAGUCCUGUAAGGACUGCAAAGAGAGAUCAUGCUUGAGGAAGAAACUUGCGGCUCUUGAGCCCGGAGUAAUUGAAGAAGCCUGGAAGGCGGCUGAUCUUGCCACUGGAUUUAGUAUUCUGCAAAUUGGUAAGUUGAUGUGUUUCGUUGAACUGCAAAACGUAUUUAGUUAA